GCUGUACUUGUUAUAAGGGCUUCUGUGUUGAUCUCUGAAACUCUGCCGUGUCUCGUUUCCACUGCUGCUGUGAAGCAACUGGUCAGGUGAGAUGUCUUCACAAACCAGUUUCAGCUGAGAGCCCUCACCAGAAAACUCCUCCUCUGACUUAACAACGAAACCUGCCGGCAAGUCACUGUCGGCUUCUCCUCCGAGUGGGCAAUAAAAACCACUACCUGCUCCUUUGUCUCCUCUCACACAUAAAUUACCCCGUCUCUCAGCAACGCGCAGUCUUACCUCUGUGAGGAGAUCGGCAGAGCUGCAGCAUGGUGUCUAGCGGAAGGCAGAUUCUGGGGACGGCCCUGGCCAUCAUCGGCUUUCUGGGGAGCAUCAUCAUCUGCGCUCUCCCCACCUGGAAAGUCACGGCCUUCAUCGGUGCCAACAUCGUCACUUCUCAGGUGAUCUGGGAAGGUUUGUGGAUGAACUGUGUGACACAGAGUACAGGCCAGAUGCAGUGCAAAAUCUACGACUCUCUCCUGGCCUUGCCUCAGGACCUGCAGGCCGCCAGAGCACUCGUGGUCAUCGCCAUCAUCGUCGGGGUCUUUGGGAUCCUCCUGGCCGUGGUCGGGGGCAAGUGCACCAACUUUGUGGACGACGAAAGGCAAAAGUGCAAAGUGGCCAUCGCUGCUGGAAUCACCUUCCUCAUCGCAGGCCUCUUGGUGCUCAUCCCCGUCUCCUGGACCGGCAACACCAUCAUUCGUGAUUUCUACAACCCCCUCAUGACCAACGCUCAGAGGAGGGAGCUCUGCACCAUGGCCUCCAUGGGGAUGCAGAUGCUGGCCAGCGCCCUGUGCCUCCUGGGCUGGGCAGGGGUCAUCAUCAGCUGCAUACUGCCCAUGUGGAGGGUCACAGCCUUCGUGGGCAGCACCAUCGUCACCUCCCAGACCAUCUGGGAGGGCAUCUGGAUGACCUGCGUGGUGCAGAGCACAGGGCAGAUCCAGUGUAAGCCGUACGAGUCCCUCCUCGCUCUCACCGCUGACCUGCAGGCCGCCAGGGCUCUCACCGUCCUCGCCAUCACCACAGGCGGCAUAGGCCUGAUCCUGGCCUUCGUUGGAGGGAAGUGCACUCGCUUCUUGGAUGAACAAGGAGGCGGGGCAAAGGGCAAGGUGGCUGUAGCAGCAGGGGCGGUGUUGAUUACCACAGGACUGCUGUGUUUGAUCCCCACAUCUUGGGCGGCGGGGGCGGUGGUGAGGAAGUUCUACAGCGCGUCCAUUGAUGCUCAGCGGAGGGAGAUUGGAGCCUGUCUCUACAUCGGCUGGGGAGCAUCCAUCCUGCUCAUUCUGGGAGGGGGUUUGUUCAUCAGCUCUGCGUGCCCCCUCAAAGCCCAUGACGCAGACAAAAGCCCCUCCGUCCGCUACCUGGUGGUCCGCUCCUCCAACGGGUCCAGCCAGGCAGCUUCUCAUCGCAAGGCUCAGCCUGUCGGAGACGUCUUCUCCCGGUCUCAAAGCUACGAGGGAGCGUCCACGAAGUCUCAGCCGUACACCAGGCCUCCCUGGGAGGACAGACCUGAGCAGGGCAAUGGCCUGGAGUCAGAAAGGUCAUGGGCACCGUCAACAAAGUCUCAGAUGAAGAGACCGGAGUCGACAAAAUCUGAACAGAGUGAGGCGUUGUCGACAAAGUCUCAGCUGAAACAAGCAGAAAUGGAAGAGGAUUCAUCAGUCAAGAGUGACAAUGAGGAUGCGUCCUCAAACCCAGCAAGAACAUACCUAUAAUGAUGGGCACACACACGCACUUACAUUUAACAUACCAUAGCGAAGUUUAAAGUCCUGGGAGUUAUUUAGAAGUAGUUGUUUACUUAUUUUAGUGACGUAAAGUAGCUGAUGAGGUAUAAUUAUCUUCAUACUCUGAACUAUAUUCAUCAAUAAGCAGGAAAAAUGUUACAGCUUUAAGAUGUAAGGUGCACUAAAACUGAACUUCAAACCAAAUACACAAAUCCAGGUGCAAGUGAAGUAUGUUACAGUUGUAUUUUUUUUUUAUUGUUAAUUGUGCUGGCAGUUGUUUUUUCUCGUUUCUCGUUUAAAAUGCUGUGAGCCUGAAUCUAUUCAUAUGUAUAAUGUUUCCUCAGGCGUUCCAGCUCGUCUGUGUCAGACAUACUGUUUGCCUGAAUGCAACAUGAGAAAAAAAACCUUUUGUGUUGCAUCAGCUGCAAAAUUGCUUUUGUUAACAGGGUUUCUGUAAAGAUUCAGAUGUUGCUUUUUUUUUAUCUCAACUGUGAAAUGUGAUUUGAAGUUUUAUUUUGUUUGAACAGAUAUAUUUACUUUUCAAUAAAUGACUACAAUGUGAUCAAGGAAGUCACAGCCUGUUUUCAAUAAGGGUUAUUAAACAUGCAAAAAUGUCAGAGAUGAGCUGAAUAGAUCCUUUCAGAAUCCCUCCUGGACUUUCAGUCCUCCUCCUGGCUAUU